AUGGAAGGUGUGCUUUCAUAUGGCAGAGUUGCGUUUGCAAUCAUAGCAAUAUCAUACUGCUUCUUCUGCUUCACCUCUUCUCCUGCAAUUGCAUGCCGUCACCCUCAAAGAAAUCUUCUCCUGGAUUUCAAGGCAACACUUGUAGAUGUGAAUAACACUCUAAGUGCCUGGAACGGAUAUAAUUGUUGCAUGUGGAGUGGAGUCAGUUGUAACCUCCGCACAGGCCAUGUUUCUGGACUGGAUUUCAGAGGAUGCUAUUUGAAAGGUAACAUCAGUUCAUCGCUGUUCCAACUUGAACAGUUGGAAUACCUCGAUCUCAGUGAAAACCUAUUCAAUGUUGUGAAGGGCCACAUUCCAUCUGCUAUAGGGAAUAUCUCAUCCUUGGAGAGUCUUGCUCUAGAAUAUACGAACAUUGAAGGUGAGAUUCCUCUCUCCAUAGUCAAUCUCUCCAACCUUGUUCACUUGGAUCUGUUCCAUAACAAGUUAACAGGGAUAAUCCCACCUUCGUUGGGAUCACUUUCUUCCCUUUCUUACCUUGACCUUGGUUACAACCUACUGAAUGGUGCAUUUCCGUCCACAGUUUCAGAUCUUGUUAACCUGAGAAUCCUUUAUCUAGACUCCAUCAAUUUAAGAGGUUCCAUUUCCUUUUCUCUAUUCGAUAAUCUCACUAGACUUGAAUUCCUGGUUCUUUCUUUCAAUCACUUAAGUGUGAGCAUUUAUUCAACAUGGAUUCCACCGUUCGAGAAGCUCAGCUUUUUGGGACUAGGUUCCUGCAGAUUAGAUAGAAUUCCACCCCUUCUUGCGAAGCAAUAUAACUUGGAACAGCUGGACCUAUCCCUUAACAGUGUGAAAAAUAUUCCAUCCUGGAUAUGGAAAUUUCCCAGUCUUGAUAAAUUGAACCUUAGUUGUAAUCAAUUAACAGGUUCACUACCAUCUAGCUUAACAUCCACUGCUUAUUUGUAUCUAGAUUUGCACAAUAACAGCUUACAAGGUGCUAUUCCUGUUCCUCCUGCUGGUGUUAAAGUGCUGGACCUGUCGAUGAAUCAGUUCAAUGGUUCUAUUCCUAUUGAUAUUGGUGAACAUCUUCAACAUGCAUUGUUCUUAUCUUUGUCGAGAAACAAUCUCAGCGCAGCCAUUCCAGAUUCCGUCUGCACUUCAUCUUUGCAGGUUCUUGGGCUUUCAAAUAAUAUGCUAAGCGGUAUGAUUCCUCCUCACUUAACCAGGAAUUGCACUUUUCUCAGAGUUCUAGAUCUGGCGGAAAAUCAUCUCGAAGGUAAAAUUCCAGCAGAAUGGGGAAAUCUUAAAGAGAUUAAUACAUUGAAGCUUGCAGGUAAUCAAUUCAGAGGAAUUAUUCCCUCAUCCAUGCUAAAAUGUCAAUCUCUGCAAGUAUUGGAUUUGGGAAAUAAUAAUUUGGAAGGUACAAUCCCCCACUGGAUUGGAAAACUAUCACAACUGCAUGUCUUGAUAUUGAGAUCCAAUAAAUUUCAAGGUAGUAUUCCACCCCAUGUCAUUGACCUUCCGAAUCUACAAAUUCUGGACCUUUCUAGCAACAAUCUUUCAGGAACCAUUCCAAGCAACCUCACAAACUUGCUUGCAAUAGUCAAUGCAUCACAGAGUAAUCCAAAUCAUCUGGAACAACACACUUCAGAGAAAACUGUAUUUACAAUAAAUACGGUAUAUACAAAUAACAUUGCAAUUUCAUGGAAAGGUGGGCAUGCUGAGUUUCUGAAAGUUCUCUUCGUUCUUAAAUGUAUUGAUCUUUCAAACAACAAUUUAUCGGGGAGCAUUCCUCUCAAAAUGGGAUCCCUUCAAGGCUUGAUAACCCUUAAUCUUUCUAUGAAUCAUCUCAGUGGUCGAAUCCCAAAAACAUUGGGAGGCAUGGAUCAGCUAGAGUCUCUGGACCUCUCGCUAAACAAGUUGCAUGGCAAAAUUCCGUUAGAACUUCAGUUACUGAAUUAUUUACAGUUCUUGAAUCUGUCUUACAAUAUGCUUGAUGGAGAAGUACCCCAUGGAGGGCAGUUUCUAACUUUUGGGGAGUCGUCGUACCUGAGCAAUCCUAAGCUAAGUGGAAUUCCUUCUAGCAACACAACAGUCUGCAACAACUCUUCUGGCUAUGGCAACUGCACAAGCAUUGAUACAGGUGUUGAAGCAGGUAAUUCAGAUGCCGAUAUGAUAGGAUGGGCAGUCGGACUUGGAUUGAGUUCUGGUUUGGGAUUUUCUAUUAUUGAGGUGCAUAAGUUCGAUGGUUCUAAUUUUUCUCUAUGGAAGCUUAUGAUUCAAGCUUUGCUGGUGAAGGAUGGAUGUGACAGAGCUCUUAAAGGAGUAGCGUCUAAACCUACAAAUAUGAGCAUGCUAGAUUGGAAUACCAUGGAUAGCAUGGCUAGAGAAACAAUCCAAUUAUAUCUAGAAAAUUCAGUUCUAUUCAAUGUUGCAGAAGAUAAAUCUACUCAUGACUUGUGGAAUAAGCUCGCAAAGUUGUAUGAUACAAAGUCAUUGGGUACAAUGGUAUCUGAUGUUGAUAUGGGUUCAUUAUCAACCUGGAAUCAAAGGCUAGGCCAUAUGAGUGAACGAGGUCUCAAGAAUAGACUAAGUUUUUCUAGAAGUGUUACCAGAAGUCAAGAUGUUUUAGAUCUAAUUCAUUUAGAUACUUGGGAGGCCCCUGUAAUAUCUAUUAGAGGUUCAUCAUAUUUUGUUUUAUUUAUAGAUGACUAUUCUCAUAAGAUAACAAAGCAAAAUGGUGUUGUUGAAUGCAUGAACCGUACAAUUAUGGAGCGAGCCAGAUGCAUGUUGAGCACUGUUGGGUUGGAGCAUAAAUUUUUGGAUUUUGGUGGAGACAGAGAUAAGGGAAAGUCUACAAGAGGUUAUGUUUCCUCUUUAGUUGGAGGUGUUGUUAGUUGGGUGUCAAAGUUGCAGGCGGUGAUAGCAUUGUCUACUACUGAGGCAGAAUAUAUAGUAGAAACAUGA